UGCUGGUAUUGUAUAGAUGUAGGUCGCGGUUUUUUAGUUUCUUUAAACCUCGCUUGUAAGAAGAGUAGAGUAUUAACUAGUCGUCACAUGAGCACGUCAGUUUCGCUAAACCAGUUUCACUGUUCAGAAGGGAAGUGACGGAGCGUAGCUCGUCGUUUUAGCUUGUCACUGUUUUGAAAACUUUUUGACUUAGCCUUUUACCGAAUCAGCUUGCAAUCAUAAGGUCAACAUGAAUAUAUUCAAAAGGGACAAGGUCACCUCAGCCAGCCCAGUUGUGCCACAAGAUCAAAGCACAGAGGCAGGUCAUGCGCCUCCUCUGGUAUUAACUGAUGUGCUGGUGGACUUCCAGGACAACACCAGUGCUGUGAAGACUGAGCUCCCUACAAACACUAAGGGGACAGGAGUGAUGGGAGUCAUUCAGAGGGUGAACCCGUUCAGAUCUCCUGCCCAGAGCUCCUCUUCGGCAACAAAGGAGUCAACAACUGCAAUUCUCUCUACAGACACCAAACAGAACCCUGGAGUGUUGAAAGGAGUUUUUCAAAAAGUCAAUCCGUUUAAAUCUUCCACACCUACACAGGUGAAGGGGGAGGAGUCUCACACAGACACUGUGGAUCACCAGGCAACCAAUAAGCUGCCAGUAACCAAGCAGAAGCCUGGGGCGUUCAGUGGAAUGAUUCAGAAAGUCAAUCCCUUCAGGUCCAACCAGCCAAGCCAGAUUAGGGACAGCUCGUCCCUCGACAGUGACCUGUCCUCCAGUGCUGAUAGUUUGGUUGGGAACAACAACAUCACAGAGAAGAAUGUUGUCUGGUACACUGAUGGUGAGGACGCAGGUAGUGGUGUGGAGGCCCAAUCCCUGGAAGAACCAAACACCAGGGAUGCUGGCACCAGCCAGUCUGUCGAGCCGUCUGCAGUGUCAGACCCUGGUGAAGGGACCCCUGUGGACUGGGAGGACGAUGAAGAGGGUCUUCUGGAUUGGUGGAGGACAGUAGAAGGCUGGGAGGAGUGGAACGAGGCUAACCCGUUUGAGGAGGAUGAGGAAGUAGAGUAAGUUUGACUGGGGCGGUGGAGGCGGUGGCCGACCGCGUCUUCAUGCCGCCCGCCUCUUCGUCCGCCUCUUCAACCUCCGCGGCGCGUCGCUACAGCAACGCAUCCUGGAGCUUGCUGUCGUUGGCCGACGCGGCCGACCUCUUCCACAAGA